AUGCAUGCAGUGCCCUCGGCUGGUGAGGGAUCUCUUGGGGAUGUGGAGCCAAGUGAUGCGAAUGAGCUCACCACCGCGCUCAACAACGCAAUAGCGGCGGAGGACUACCAGCUCGCAGCAACGCUGAGGGACAGAUUGAGGCAGCUGUCUGGCGGCGAUGCUGGACCUCCGGCAGACUGGCAGAACCUGGGCAUCCCAAGCUGGUUGGCAGAGCGCGCUGAGCACAUCGGCUACCGCUUCCCCACAGAUGUGCAAAGGAGGGCUGCAAAGGUCAUCUGCAGAGGCGCGGACGCCAUCAUUCAGUCUGCGACAGGCUCUGGCAAAACACUGGCAUUCGCCAUCCCGCUGCUCGCACGACUGAAGUAUCCCCCGGACGCCUACCCAGAGGACUUCCAAGGCCCACAAUUGAUCAUAGUGGUGCCGACGCGGGAACUGGGAGUUCAGACGGUGAUGCUGAUUUACCAGCUAUUUGGCGGCAGCGUGAAUGCAGGCAUCCCGGGCGACCCCACCAACAUGUUUGCCUACACCGGGCCCCGAGGAAUCCGGGUAAAGGGUGUGCUGGACAAGGAGGAGGUGCUGCGAGCGAAGAACAACGGCUGGCUGUUUGCCAGCCAUGUGGUGGUGGGAACGCCCCAGUGCCUGGCCGAGCUGGCCGCAUCUCCCAACCCGUUCCCUCUCACCGCCUGCCUCAAGGCCUUGGCUGUAGAUGAAGUGGAUGCGUACCCCAAGGAUCAGAAGGACUCGCUGGAAUUUGUGCUGGGGCAGGCGUGCGCACAGAGAAAGCAGCUGCCCAAACCGCAGGUGGUCCUGGUGGGCGCCACACUUCCGCCAGAGCAUGUCCUGGACAGCUACCAGCAGCAGGGGUGGGUGCAGGAUGCAGUGACGCUGCGGGUGGGGCGGCUGGGGCAGGUGCCGGCCGGGCUGCAGCACCGCUACAUGGUCGUCGACGAGCCGCGCAAGCUCAUCCUCAUGUGCCGCCAGCUGCGCCUCGACCUCGCCCAGCAGGGGGAGGACACGGCACCGGCGCGGGUGAUGGUGUUUGUGGGCAGCGAGGAGGCUGCGCGCGCGGCCGCCAUGCCGCUGCGGUCAGGGCUCUGGGCCGAGCACAAGGUCUCAGUGCUGCUGCCCCAUGGAGAGGAGCCCAUACAGGCGCUGCAUGCCUUCCGCGACAACAAGGCAUCAUUUCUGCUGGCCACGCCGUCGGCCGCGCGGGGACUGGAUCUUCCGGCGGUGAGCCAUGUGUACAACAUGGACCCGCCCGAGGACAGCGUCGCAUACCUGCACCGAGCGGGGCGCGCCGGCCGCAUUGGCAGCCCCGUCAAGGGCAUUGUGACCACGCUGGUGACACAAGAGCAGGUGCCUGAGCUGCUGGCCAUUGCCAAAGAACUCAAUUUGAACUUGACAGAGCUGCCACAGCCACCGGCUGAUGCGCUAACAGACUUUGAAGAGGGAAACAUCGACACGGCAAAGAAGACUCUUGAUGAUCUUUACAAUCUGUUGUAG